AUGGAUGAAGUGAUCGAAUGUGAUAGUUACGAUCCCGUAGAAGAUUUCGAUCCCGAGUCCUUCAAGCCCGCACCGACGAAGCAUAUACGUCCUCCUUGGUUUAAACAUUCUGCAACGGAAUGCGAUGCGAAAAAUUGGGAAAUUUUCGUAGAAGCCAUAGAGGCUUUCGAUCAUAAUGCCUUGUCGGAAAAAGAUGUGGCUACGAAAGUUAUGGAGUGGCUAGAGAUUUGUUUCAGUAAGGAAGUGCAAGCACAUGAGGAGGCGAAGAAAAUGCAUGAAAUCGCUUUUGGAAUUCUAAAGGCGGUAGCCGAAUCAUCGAAGAAAUCCGUCAUAGGAAAGCAUCUAGUGGAAUCUGGAGUUAUAGAAGUUUUAGCGGUUGUCAUGGAAGAGUCAGAGUGUGCUGAUUUACGAAUGAAAGCGCUCCAUACAGUUUUUCAAUGGAUAUCGUCGCCUACGCUUUGGCGUGUUUCGAAUGCUCGUCUUUGUGAAGGAAAUUCAGAAGAUAAAUCGCGUACUCUCCAUUCAAGACUUGUUGCAAUGUCGCUUGCUCAUCGAUAUUUCAUUAGCAAGGACUUAAAGACACAUUUCGCGACAAAUUGUUAG